CUUUUGAUUCAAUAAUUUUCAUUCUCUCUCAUCAUACACAAAAUUAUUCUUUGCACAUUCUAUUCUAUUUGUUUUUACAAACGCAUUGAUCGAUCGUAUGGCACCUAAGAGGGGUUUGAGUGGUGUUAGUGAGGACGGCAACAAUAACAACGGACAAUAUCACCAUACUAAACAUUCAAAUCACUGCCUUAUGUUCACCAAGUAUUUGUUCAAAGACAAGUCAUGGCCGCAAAAAUAUUCUGCCCAAUUGGAGAACAUAAUUCGGAAGAUGGUCCGGGAAGGAGUAGACGAUGCUGUUCAACGCUCUCCCCUUUCCAAUUCCAUUUCCAAUUCCAGGUCAUUCCCAAGUCGGAUUAAUCCAUCUGAAUCCAGACAAUUUAAGCUGCAGUUUGAUGGCGAGUUACCUCGUACACUUUUUACUGGGAACAAGGUAAAAGCUGAGGGGCCUUCCCCGGUUAAAAUACUGUUACUUGAUGCAGUUUCUGGGCAUCCAAUUAAAGAUGGCCCCUUGUCAUCGAUAAAGGUCGAAAUUGUGGUUCUUCAUGGUCAUUUCAAGGCCGAGCAACUAGAGGAAUGGACAAAGAAAGACUUCUGUACACAUAUGGUAUUGAAGAGAAAUAAUAAAGGAUCAUUGUUGGUUGGGCAAUGUGUGAUUGCUUUGCAAAAUGGGAUAGGGUUUGUUGAUAACGUUUGCUUCACGGAUAAUUCCAGUUGGGGAAGAACCAAGAGGUUUAGGUUGGGGGCUAAAGUAGUAGCAGAAGAAGACCAAGUGAAGGAAGCAGUGAGUAGACCUUUUCAAGUGAAAGAUCGUCGUGGGGAGACCUAUCAGAAGCACGACAUUCCAUCUCUAGACGAUGAAGUUUGGCGUUUGUGCUGGAUAGCAAAAGAUGGAAAGAUCUGCAAAAAGUUGGAAGAAAAUGAGAUUUAUAAAGUGAAGGAUUUCAUCACACAGUAUCACAGCAAUGAAUCCUUACUCCGCAGUAUUGUCGAAGUCUCACCAAAGAAGUGGAAGGAAAUCAUUCAACAUGCUACUUCCUGCUUUUCAGGAGAUGUUGAUGCUUGCAUGAAUUUGAAUAAUUCGGCCCAAAUUAACAUCCCUAGUGGUAGUGCCAUCAACCCAAUUACCGUUCCAUGCUCGAAUCUGCAGCCACUAUGUGUAAAUGAUCAACAAAUACUUCAAAUGUCACAGUUUCAUGCAGGGGAGCAUAGCAAUCAGCUGCCUGACCAAUCCAUGGAUUUCGACAAUUCCUUUCUAGAAGGUGCAUAUACUGGUUUACCUAAUGAUGUCCACCUUCCAUAUCAAGAUUACUCUAUGCCAUCAUCUUCGUCCACUAUGUUCAACGUCCAGACCUCAAGUUGGCCUCCUGAUCAACUAUUUACAGAAGAAGCCACAAGGAUGCUCUCCUCAAUCCAUCUUGUGAGUGCUAAUGCUUCAGAGACCGCAAACCCAAAAGCUGGUGCAGAGGAACGUUGAGCAUGAUGAAGCUGCUGUAAAGAAGCGGAGUUUCUGUGUGUUACAGUAAGUAGGGUACUUAACUUGGCCUUAAAUAUUUGGAAGGACAGGAGGCAGGGAAGAGAGGUACUUGAAGUCGAUUGUAUAAGACUCGAUAUAUUUUGAUUUUUGACACAUGAAACACAUAUGCUCUAUUUUUCCAGAUGUAAUGCUAUUGCUCCAUUUGAGUUCUAAAUUAUGUUGAUUUCCGUGUUUUCUAUUACAGAGUAC